AUUUACCCCACAGAAUAUUUUUACAAGGGGCCUUCUUCCUCAAACCGCCUCAAGUCCUUUUUCUUCAUUUCUUAUAACUAUAACCCACCUUCAAGCUUAUCAUUCAUCAUACUCUCUCUCUCUCAUUUAUCUCCAUAUUGUCACUUGUGAGCAAUAUGCUGAAUAUGGAAUCUUUCUAUUUCUGUAUAUGCUCAUGGAAUCCAAACUUAAACUCAUGUAUCAACAACUUUACCCUCUCCUAAAUCAUUUCUCGUACAUCAAUAACCGUCUUUACCAAUCGGCCCUAAUGGAGGAAGAACAACAACAGCGUCGAGUUCUGUUCGGGAAAUACGAGAUGGGAAGGUUACUAGGCAAAGGAACGUUCGCAAAAGUCUAUUACGGCAAAGAGACAACCACCGGAGAAAGCGUUGCAAUCAAAGUCAUAAACAAAGACCAAGUACUCAAACGUCAAGGUAUGAUGGAGCAAAUCAAAAGAGAGAUCUCAAUCAUGAAACUAGUUCGUCAUCCAAACAUCGUCGAGUUAAAAGAAGUCAUGGCUACAAAGACAAAGAUCUUCUUCAUCAUGGAGUUCGUUAAAGGCGGUGAGCUUUUCUCCAAAGUCGUUAAAGGAAAGCUUAAAGAAGACUCAGCUCGUAGAUACUUCCAACAGUUAAUCUCAGCCGUUGAUUUUUGUCACAGCCGAGGCGUCUCUCACCGAGAUCUGAAACCUGAGAAUCUCUUGGUAGACGAGAACGGUGAUCUCAAGGUCUCCGACUUCGGUCUCUCUGCUUUACCGGAACAGAUUUUGCAAGACGGUUUGCUUCAUACUCAGUGCGGUACUCCGGCUUACGUUGCCCCGGAGAUUCUGAGGAAGAAAGGUUACGACGGAGCUAAAGUUGAUAUAUGGUCUUGCGGCGUCAUCUUGUACGUGCUUCUCGCCGGGUUCUUGCCGUUUCAAGAUGAGAAUCUGAUGAACAUGUACCGGAAAAUAUUCAAAUCGGAGUUUGAGUUUCCGCCGUGGUUUCCGCCGGAAGCUAGGAGGUUAGUUUCGAAGCUUUUAGUCGUUGAUCCUAGUAAACGUAUCUCUAUCCCGGCGAUUAUGCGAACGCCUUGGUUUCGUAAAAACUUCAACUCUCCGGUCGCUUUCAAGAUCGACGAGCUCGAUAACCAAAACGUAGAAGAGGAUACAACAAUAACAACAGCAACAACGCCAAAGUUCUUUAACGCGUUUGAGUUCAUCUCAUCCAUGUCAUCAGGGUUUGAUUUGUCGAGUUUGUUCGAGAGCAAGAGGAAGCUUAGAUCUAUGUUUACGUCAAGGUGGUCAGCGUCGGAGAUAGUAGCGAAGCUUGAAGGGAUUGGUAAAGAGAUGAACAUGAAGAUGAAGAGGACUAAAGAUUUUAAAGUGAAGAUGUUCGGGAAAACGGAAGGGAGGAAAGGACAGAUCGCGGUGACGGCGGAGGUUUUCGAGGUUGCGCCGGAAGUAGCCGUCGUUGAGUUAUGCAAAUCGGCGGGAGAUACUUUGGAGUAUAAUAGGUUGUAUGAAGAGCAAGUCCGCCCGGCGUUGGAGGAUAUUGUGUGGUCGUGGCAUGGUGAUAAUCAUAACAAUAAUAAUUAUAAUCAUGUUAAUUAUGUUACUGAUGAAAAUUCUGGUAGUGACUGUUAAGAGAAUGUGAUGUAAAAACUGUUUAGUUUUUUUUUUUUUUUUUUUGUUAACCAGUUGUUUAGAUUAAGGAAGUUUUGUAAAUUGUGUAAUAUAGAAGUUGAGUUUUUUUAAAUUUUA